CUACUGGCUCGUUGUCACCGGUGGUGUUUCAGUUUGGAUUACUUCCCGUCUGACGGCGAGGAGCUGAGUGGGAGUCGUACUCCGACCACCGAAGGAGCGGUUCUCAAGCUGGGGUUCAGGGACCUGAAGGGCAUAAUUUACUGGUCCUGGAAUUCCUGGAAUCUCAGGGAAGAGGACUCUGAAUCUUUGGACCGCUGCAUCCAGACUGCUCUGUCGUCCCUCUACCCGCCCUUCCAGGCCACAUCCCCGACUGUCCUCUGUCAGGUCCUCAGCGUCGUGGAGAGCCGCUACAGAGGAGACGGCCUCCGCUACCUGAUCCACUUCCUGCUGCCGGCAAAACAGUUCUUACAGAACAUCCAGCAAGAUGCCUGCUUGCAGUACUGUGGUUUGUUAUUUCUUCAUGAAGGCUGGCCUCUGUGUGUCCAUGAGAAGGUAGUCGUGCAGCUCUGCCCUCUGGACCACCGUCUCCUCCUUCCAGGAGACUUUUACCUGCUGGUUUCUCCUCCUCCUUCUCCUAUUCCCCCCCAAGCACACAGCGCCUCCUGCAAGAGCGGCGUCACCUCCUCCCCUCGCCUGCUGGUGUGCAGUGUGUCGGCCGGCAGCCACCAUGUGGAGCAGCAGGAGGUGUCGGAGUUAGCCCUGCGGUCCCUCUUCAGCAUGGCCUGGCUGGACUCUGUGAACAGGGAGAGGGAGCAGCGAGGAGCGUCCAGGCUGGAGCGCUGCCUCCUCUCAGCCCAUGGAGACGUCUUCAGGGUCCCCUGGGAGGACCUGGUCUACCCACAAUUCAUCAGCCGGCCCAGGACCACCCUGGGGGAGGACAAGGAGUCCUCCGUUAAAGACGGGGAUAUGUUCAUCAACACAUCACAUGAUCCAUGUAGAGACACUAACUCCCCAGGACAGGAUGUAAAGCUCCUCCCAUCCUCUGCAAAAACCGACCAAUCAGCAGCAAGCAGCGAGAGCGAGGACUCAGAGGGCGAAUAUGUGGAGCUGACGGAGCUCCCGCUGCCUCGCUUCUCCCCCCAGAAAGGCUCCUUAACCCAGUCCAUCAGUCUGCAGCACCGAGCCCGGAGCAGCACACACCCCUCUACACACACACACACACACUCUGCUGCCACGCACACACCUCAGAACACACACACACUCUCUGCUGCGCUCAUCGAGGAGAACCUCAGCCAGGACUCCUGUGGACCCGUCAUCCUCACCCCUGUCUCCCCUGCCGCCACCGCCUCCUCCUCCUCAUCUGCUCCUCCUGAAGUUGUGGGAACCUCCAGCUGUCAGUCAGAGCGUCGGAUGUCGCAGAAGGAAAUAGAAGGUUCCAGUACAAACGGGCCUGACAGUGAAGGGCGGUCAUGGCAGGCCUCCUGGCAGCCCUAUGAGACCAGAGAUUGGCUGCGUGCAGUCUGUUCUGGAUUGUCUGGGCAGAGAGCCGUCGGCCAUAUCGUCCUGCAAACCUCGACUACAAAUCUGUAG